UCAGUGGCACAAGCUCCUCACGAGUCGAUGGUCUUGACGAUGGAAGCUGAGGCAUCCUCCCCAUUCUUCAGCUGAUUGCAAGACUAAUACACCCACUCCCUGAUGUUCAAGCAACUGGUGAAGGAUGCAGACCCAGGCCUCGAGUGCUGUCUUGCUGACAAGGAGCAGACUUCUCAAAAGCCUGUGGAGGAAACGUAGGAUUUUCAAGCAACAAAUCCUGGCAGCUGGAGUGUCCCGAUAGCAGGUAAAAUCAUUUGACCACCAUGAGUUGGAGUUUUCUGACCCGUCUGCUAGAGGAGAUCCACAAUCACUCCACCUUUGUUGGGAAGAUCUGGCUGACGGUGCUGAUCGUGUUCCGGAUUGUCCUGACUGCUGUGGGGGGAGAGUCCAUUUACUAUGACGAGCAGAGCAAGUUCGUGUGCAACACGGAGCAGCCGGGCUGCGAGAACGUCUGCUACGACGCCUUCGCCCCGCUCUCCCACGUCAGGUUUUGGGUCUUCCAGAUCAUCCUGGUGGCCACUCCAUCCGUCAUGUACCUGGGCUACGCAAUCCAUAAAAUCGCCCGGAUGGUGGAGCACAGCGAGGCCGACAGAAGGGUCAGGAGGAAAAGCUUUUCCAUGCGCUGGAAGCAGCACCGUGGCUUGGAGGAGACUGAGGAGGACCACGAGGAAGACCCCAUGAUGUACCCAGAGGUGGAGCUGGAGAGCGAGAGGGAGAACAAGGAGCAGCAGCCUCCUGCCAAAGCCAAGCACGAUGGCAGGCGGCGGAUCCGGGAGGAUGGGCUGAUGAAGAUCUACGUCCUGCAGCUGCUGGCCAGGACCACCUUUGAAAUUGCCUUCCUGGUGGGUCAGUAUCUCCUGUACGGCUUCGAGGUGAGCCCCAGCUUUGUGUGCAGCAGGAAGCCCUGCCCCCACAAAAUAGAUUGUUUCAUUUCAAGGCCAACUGAAAAGACCAUUUUCCUGCUGAUAAUGUACGGGGUGAGCUGCAUGUGUUUGCUUUUGAAUGUCUGGGAGAUGCUCCACUUGGGAUUUGGCACAAUCCGGGACACGUUGAACAACAAGAGGAAAGAGCUGGAAGAUUCUGGUACCUACAACUACCCUUUCACUUGGAACACUCCGUCUGCUCCUCCGGGCUACAACAUUGCAGUCAAACCAGAACAAAUGCAAUAUACUGAACUGUCCAAUGCCAAGAUGGCCUACAAACAGAACAAAGCCAACAUAGCUCAGGAACAGCAGUAUGGAAGCAAUGAGGAAAACAUUCCUGCCGACCUGGAAAAUCUGCAGAGGGAAAUUAAAGUGGCUCAGGAGCGCCUGGAUCUUGCCAUCCAGGCCUACAACAACCAAAACAACCCCAGCAGUUCCAGAGAGAAGAAAUCCAAAGCAGGCUCAAACAAAAGCAGUGCCAGCAGCAAGUCAGGGGAUGGGAAGAACUCUGUCUGGAUUUGAUGUUGGUUGAGUUGAUGGUAUCUUGUGUUUUUUCUCCUAGUUUAUCAUAACCAGCAACCCCUUCAAUAAUGGCUUCCAUGGAGUAAAUAUUUGACUCUGCUUGUUUUCAGGGAUACCUUUGGCUAGUGAUUCAGCCUCUCAGAAAGGUUUAUAUGCAUAUUCUAGGAUAAUAGGACUUUAUUCUUCUGUCUUCCAAGUCAGGAGACAAACAGGUAUAUUUAAAUCAUUCUCAUUGAACGGUUUAUGCUGUAUGUACAGUAUUAUAGUACAUUUAUUAUGCACAAUUUUUUCUAUUUGUACACUGGAUCUCUGAGGUUACCUUUUUUUUUAUAUAUAUUAAGGAGGAGAAAGCAAUGGGUACCUGGUAGCAUUUUGCUAUGAUGACUUGUGGUCUGCAGUUUGGUCGUUGUUCUCCCUUGUUUUAAACAGGAAACUUUUCCAUGCUGCCUUUCCAAAGUGCCUUGAAGGUGUGGACAGCACAGAGGAGUCUCAGGUUCUCCAGGCAGCCCAUGGGUGCCAGUUACUGAGCAGUGGAAAGACUGGGAGAACAUCUGCUCCUGGUGCUCUUGACUCUUUUUACAGAAAUGUGCUCCCCAUAAAAUGGAAGGGUUGGACAAGAGCUGUUCUGUGCCAGGGGGUUUUUUCACCCUCUGGAAAAUUACUUAGAAGAAAAAAGGUACAUGGGGAGGAUACUUGUGUGCAGAGCAGGAGUACCAGGGAGGGCUGUAACCUCCCUGCAAGCUUUUUGCUACAGGAGGGAAGAGAGACUUCAAACCCCUGUCAAACAUCCCCAAAAAAAGCCAACAGAAAUGCCUGCAUUCAGUCAUCCCACCUCUUGGUGGGACACCCAUGGAAAUGGAUGUGUUUGAGGGCUGUGGUCACAUAACACCCUGCUCCCCACAGGCAGGAGGUUCUGCCCAUACCUCUGGGAUAAGAUCUCUGUCUUUUCCAGAGUGAUCUGGUGAGAUGGAGCCAUGGGGAUUGUCUUUCCCUGCAUUACACUGAGGAGCAACCUCCCCCCAGGCAGGAGCCAGGAGCUGCCUGCAGAAGUUCUCACAAAGCCCUUCCCAGGAUCAGUGAUGUUGCCUUACCCAGACCCCUCUUCUGCCCCUGGGCCUGAGGAGUUCAGUUCAGCCAGAGCAAGACAUAGAACUUCCACUGCUGCUUGGGAGACCAGUCAGAUGUGGCAUUCUGGGGUUUUGGCAUUCAACUGGAAUUUAUAAUUGGACAAAGGAGGAUGCAGGAUCCACUGCCCUUGGGGGGUGUUAUUUUGGCAAGGAUUCAUGCUGGGGGUGCUGAAAAAUGUGUCUGCUUUUUGCUACUAUUUGUGAUAUAUUUGGGACCUGGCUCUGCUCUCCUUUUUUUAUAGGUCUUUGUGUGUUUUAAUGUAUUUUUGGGGCCUGUUUCAAGCAGGGUUGUUCUGUUUGGAGGCUGCUUCAGUCCUUAGUGCCCACCUGGCUGGGGAAGGGUUGAGCAGCCCAGCUCUGUGGAGGACACAGGUGACCCCAACUCAUUCCCAUCCCACAGAGCAGCCAAGCCUGGGCUUUGUGUUAAAUUCAGACAAAGGGGAUAUGAGCUCACUCUUGAGGUUUUCCUCUGCCCAAGCACCUGCUGAAAGCUGGUAUCUUGCUGAGUGACUUUCAGUCUGGUUUUGUUCUGGGAUACCAGGCAGUCCAGGUGCAGAUCCCAGGCAUCCUCAGCUCUUUGUGCCCCAAGCUGGUGAACCCUCUGCACGAGGAGCUGCUCCAGCUCAGCUCCAGCAGAGAUGUUUGGAAGCAAACUUGCUUUCAGGCUGUGUGUUCCUCAGCAGCUCCAGGAGAGAGAGCAGCAACCUCUGAAUUUAUGCAGAAAAGUUGCAAAGUGAUGUGAGCAAAGAGUCAGUGUAAGUGCCACAGUGAGCACAGAGAGGUCUGUGACAGCUGAGUGGGCUUUGUGAGCAGGGAGGUGGGUCUGGCUGCCUGGGGUGAGAGGGAGUUCAGGAACUCCUCUAAGUCUGUGGGGGCUCAGGGUGUGCAGGGAGGCUGUGCCAGCAGAGCUCUCAAUGCCCUGGAGAAACUGGGUGGAAACACCUUGUCUGAAAGCACCAGGGCAAGACGUGGAGCCUGGAGGUCCAGGCAGCUGCGUGGCCACCAUCCUCUCACUGUCCCCCACGCUGGGUUGGUUCUUUUCAGCUCCCCCAAAGGGUGAUGUUGCUCUUCACCCCUUGGCUCUGGAACAGCCUCUCACCAGCCAAAUGGCAGGAAGUGAAAAUCCUUCCCCUGCUGCUCUCAGCACAAACUGCAGCAAUUCCUUAUUCAUGGCUGCAAGCUCCAGCCAGGUGGUACCAGCUGCUUCCCCACUGGUUGUGUUUGUCCUUUCCCAGUUCAUGCUCCAAACCAUUACCCACCAACAGUGCCCUCUCAGGUCAGGCCCGUGAGCUUCUCUCCACACCAGUAAAUCCUCCCUGUAGUGAGCAGAGUGUACAAAAUAUUCCAGCCCCAGCACUGAAUUCAUUCCGAAAAUGCAAAGUAAUGGAGCUGUUCCUAUUACUCUUUGUUCGUUCUCAUUUUAAUGGUGUAUAAAGUGCACAUUUGCUUUGAAACUGAGUGUUUGUUGUUGGUAGAGGGUGUCUGUUAAAGCUCUAAAUGUUCAUGUCUGUGACUUGUUUUCAGUUUCAAAGUCUUUGGCUUGACUUUUCCUUUUGAAGAAGUGAUACAUGCAUUACUUUAAAAUGCUCUCUUGCUUUGGCUUAAUGCAGGCCAUUCCAAAAUGAACGUUCAGAAGAGACUUUUGGACAAAAAACCACUGAACAUACCUUGGGUUUGUCUUGUCAUUCUCUGGUUUUUGGAAAAAAAAAUAAUUAUUAAAUCCAGUGGAUUACUCCA